AUGGACUUGGAGGCAUUGAUUUGGUUCCAAGAAGUAGAAGAAGCAGGGGUGUUCUCUGAUUGGGAAUCAUUUGUACUAGCUUUACAUGUGAGAUUUGGGACUAGUGCUUAUGAUGAUCCUAUGGAGGUGUUGACCAGGUUGAGGCAAACUUUAACUGUGGCCUUGUAUAAGGCAGAAUUUGAAGUUGUGUCUAACAAAGUCAAGGGCCUUUCUCCUUUACAUAAGCUCAGCUACUUCUUGAGUGGUUUAAAGGAUGAAAUAAGAUUACCUGUAAGAAUGCUCAAUCCUCAAUCCUUGAAUGAAGCUUUUGGACUAGCCAAGAUUCAAGAAGAAUAUGUGUGGAGCAGCAAGAAGAGCAUCAGGUACCAACAAGAAUCAGGUAACACUUCCAUUCUUGGUUUACCUAAAAGUAAUGCAGUGUUAGAUACUAAGCCAAAAAUACCAAUUAAGAGAAUUACUCCUGUUCAAAUGGAUGAAAGGAGAAAGAAAGGGUUGUGUUAUAAUUGUGAUGAGAAAAGGGGGCCUAGGCAUAAGUGUAAAAAUGUUAAAUUGUUUCUUUUAGAGGGAAUGGAUAUAAUACCAAAACUGCAAUCUGGAGUGCAAAUUACUGAGGUGGAUGAGGAAGUGGGCAGUGAUCUUAAUAAACCAAUUGAACAAGAAGAAGAUGUGGGAAUUACAUUGUAUGCUUUAACUAAAACUCCUACACCAGGCACUAUGAGGGUUAGGGGCAAGAUUAAUGGCAGUGGGUUAGUGAUACUUGUUGACAUAAGUAAUACUCAUAAUUUUGUGGAUGCAUUAUUGGUCUCUAGUCUACAGUUAAAGGUUGAUGUUUCAAGAAUUUUGGAGGUUAAGGUGGCUAAUGGUAUUGUGGUGAGAACUCAAGGUUUUUGUAAUAGUGUACCAGUGUGUGUGCAAGGAGUGGAAUUUUGUGUUCAAUUUCAUGUUUUGGCAUUAGGGGGUUGUGAUGCUGUGUUGGGCACUCAGUGGUUGAGUACUUUGGGUGUGAUAUAUUGGGAUUUUCAGUUUUUAACUAUGAAAUUCCAUUAUAAGGAUCAACAGGUCUUGGUGCAGGGUUUAAGUCCCCCUUCAGGCACUUUUUUCAUGGAUUGUAAUCAGUUGCUCAAGGGAUCAGUGAGGAAGGGUUUUCUACUUCAAAUCACUCCUGCAGCUGGUGUGGUGUUGGAAGAUACUGUGCCUAUAGAAGUGGAGUUGUUAUUACAGGAAUUUGGAGAGGUUUUUGAGACUCCUACAGGUCUACCACCUGUGAGGGGUCAUGAACACCAGAUCACUCUCAUGGAGGGCUCUCAGCCAGUCUGCCAGAGACCCUAUAGAUACCCUUUCUAUCAAAAGAAUGAAAUUGAGAAGAUUGUGAGAAAGCUGUUGUUUGUUGGGUCAAUCAAAAAUAGCACUAGUCCUUUUGCUUCACCUGUCUUGUUAGUAAGUAAGGUAGAUGGGUCUUGGAGGAUGUGCAAUGAUUAUAGAGCAUUGAAUAACAUCACUAUGAAGGAUAAGUUUCCAAUUCCAGUUAUUGAUGAGUUGUUAGAUGAGUUGAAUGGAGCAAUUAUCUUUUACAAGCUUGAUUUGAGAUCAGGGUACCAUCAAAUCAAGAUGAAGGAGGAGGAUGUGCCUAAAACAGCCUUCAAAACACAUGAGGGCAUUAUGAGUUACUAUAGAAAAUUUGUUAAGGGAUAUGGUCAGAUUGCUGCUCCCUUAACUACACUAUUGAAGAAUGAUGCAUUUUCUUGGUCUAAAGAGUCUAAGCAAGCUUUCCAACAAUUGAAGGCUGCCAUGGUUCAACCACCUAUGUUAGCUCUCCCAAAUUUUGAUAAUACAUUUGUCAUAGAGUGUGAUGCCUUAAGAAAAAGGCUGGGAGCAGUCUUGAUGCAGCAAGGCAGGCCUAUUGCCUUUAAUAGCCAAGCCCUCAAAAGUAGGAAUUUGGCCUUAUCUACUUAUGAAAAGGAGUUAUUGGCUCUGGUUACUGCUGUCAAAAGGUGGAAAGCUUACUUGGUUGGUAAGGAUAACCUUGUGGCUGAUGCAUUGUCUAGGAAAGUUGAAACUGAGGAUGAUUUGGCUUCAGAUGUGCUGUCUAGCAAGGCUAAAUCUGUGAAUCUUACUUUUGAGGAUGAUUUGGACUCUUAA